GGGGCCUACAGCGCCGAGCCCGGGUGAGUGCCCCCUGCGCAUGCGCCGCGAGCGCGGCGCCCCCGCUCGGCUCCGCUCGGGCUCCGCUCGGCUAUUUCCGCCUCUUUGUUUUAAACUCUAGGCCGAGCCUUUUAAUUUUAUCCCCCCCUUUUAUUUUUUUCGGGGGGGGGGGCUCCCGAAGAAGAGCCGGUAUUUCCCACCCCCCCCCCCCGCCUUCCUCUCCGUUUUUGUUCUUUUUGUUGUUUUUUUGCGGCGGCGAAGGGAGGAGAAGGAGGCUCGGUGACGGGCAGGACAGGACAGGCGAGCAGCCCAGCACCACAACGGCCCCGGCCGCGGGGGGAACGGCCCCCUCCCCCCGCACCAACGGUCGCGGCGCCGCCCCUCCCCCCGCCGACAGCCAUUUUCUGCCCUUUGCAUAUGAAAUGAGCACGUUGGAGGCACCAGUAUCGAGAAAUUCCAUUUGAUUAUCCAUAAUGUGGUCUGGAAGGUUCCUUUGGAAGUGCUUUGCUUGGUCUCUGGAUGGCAGAUUCUGAAAAGAAAUGCUCUUUUAAGAGGUUUUUUUCUAGUGCUACGUCAUGUGAUGCCUUGUUUGGCAGUACUUUUCUCUACCGUAGUGGGAAAAAAUUGUAAAAUGUUUUCUAGAGAAGAAAUUAUUUAUGUGCUUCAGUUCUCACUGUGAUAUCUUUGGCUCUUCAUCCUCCCUAAUGCUUGGAUUCAGUCCAUGGUGAUCCUGAGUACCUUUUGCUGAAUUCCUGUCUAGACACCAAAGAUGCUAACGAGAAAGAUUAAGCUUUGGGACAUUAAUGCCCAUAUAACCUGUCGUCUGUGCAAUGGAUACCUUAUUGAUGCUACCACUGUAACAGAAUGCUUACAUACUUUCUGUAGAAGCUGCCUAGUGAAGUAUUUGGAGGAAAACAACACCUGUCCAACAUGUAGAAUUGUUAUACAUCAGAGCCAUCCAUUACAGUAUAUUGGCCAUGACAGAACAAUGCAAGAUAUUGUUUACAAGCUUGUGCCAGGCCUCCAAGAAGCGGAAAUGAAAAAGCAGAGGGAAUUCUAUCACAAGCUGGGUAUGGAAGUACCAGGGGACAUCAAAGGGGAGACAUGUUCUGCAAAGCAGCAUCUGGAUUCCCAUCGGAAUGGUGAAACUAAAACAGAUGAAAAUUCAAACAAAGAAACGUCUGAGGAAAAACAGGAAGAAGAUAAUGACUAUCACCGAAGUGAUGAACAGGUAAGCAUCUGCUUGGAAUGCAAUAGCAGCAAAUUGCGUGGAUUGAAGCGAAAAUGGAUUCGCUGCUCAGCACAAGCAACAGUCUUGCAUCUAAAGAAGUUCAUUGCCAAAAAACUUAACCUUUCUUCUUUUAAUGAGCUGGACAUAUUAUGCAAUGAAGAGAUUCUUGGCAAGGACCACACACUCAAAUUUGUAGUUGUUACUAGAUGGAGAUUUAAGAAAGCACCUCUACUGCUGCAUUACAGACCCAAAAUGGACUUGCUGUGAGAGAACUUUAUUGUCCUUCUGGACAUAGUUUUUUGCAGAGACUAUCAUCUGGCACCUUCUUAGUGCAUCACUAGUCACGUGACACAAACCAGCCGAAUAAUUUUGGAAGACUCUAGCGCUCUCAUAGCAGACUAUCCUUCUGAAUAUUUCUUCUAGGGAUGUGUUAUCUGAAUUGCUAGACAGAAAAUAUUUAUACUUUUUUGUACGAAAGAGAUAAAUCACAACUCAACAAGACACUACCAGCACUAAGUUUACAGAUACUGAAAAUACUUCAUAGUUCCACGUAGCUCAGCCUGAUUUGUUUCUUUGCAGUUACACAGAAAUAAGUUAGAAUGUUGUGGGGUGAUUUUAAAAAGUUGCUUUUGACACCAAAUUGCAUUUAGUUACUUUUCAUGUCUUGAUACUUUUAAGAAUUUUAUCCACUAUAUUUUUGCAAGGUGUUCCUGUCUUGAGUAGUAUGACUCACAUUGGCUUUUAUCAAGUUUUUCUGUAGAGCAUUGAACGUACCUAAUGAUAUAGUAAGUGGUGAUACUUAUUUUUGCUGCAUUGAAAAAUUCCUGAAAAUCUGGGAAUCCAGUAACUUCAUUAGUUUUGCCCAAUGAUUGGUCUCCUAUAUUUUAUGUUUUAGUAAAGCUUUGAUAUCCCCUUUGCAUGUUGAUUUGAUAAGGUUAAUAGAAAUAAGUUCAAUUGAUUUAAUGUGCCCUGAUAUUUUGCUGUGGCAUAAAUUGCACCACAUCACAACAAAUACUCAAAAGUACUAGAUUGGUGAACUCUUUUAAAAGUAGACAUGUCUUAUAUAGUGGAGGCUUGCAGAAAUCAGUUGUUGCUUUAGAGACAGUUUGCUCUCACUAGGUAUUGAAACCAUGACUGCUGGGCAAUACUGGGUGAUAUUGCACAGUUUUCACUUCACUGGUCACAAGUUCUUCAUUUGAUUGCUGAGCAGCUUUAUAUUUUUAUUUUAUCAUUUUUCUUACGAAACCGCAACAUUUCCUUUAGUGCAAUUACUAGCUAUAUUGGGGGUCAGACUACAUUAUAGUAGCACCUUCUGGCCUUAAUUGGUAAAUUUGCUUGCAUUGGCCCUAAUGGACGCAAGCUAACAUUUGUAUGUGUAUGUGUUUAUAUAUGUUUGUGUGUAUAUAUGUAUGCACACAUAAAUCUAUAUUUGUUACAGAACCCACCCUCAGUAGUGCUUAGCAGGGUUCGCUGCACUGUUUGAAAGCUUUUUGAAAUAGCUUUUUAAAAUACAUAAUAGUUGAAAGUGAUUUCUGCAAGCUGUAUACUGUAUAGCAUACAUAGUACGGUUGUGAGUAUGUUUGGCACAGAUGUCAAGUCACUGAAAAUAGGCUAUGCAUAUUGGUGGCAGCUGGAAAUUAUUAAUCCUCUAACUUUUGGAAUAGUUUUUCUGUCAGCUGAAAAUGCUAGUUUCUAUAUAUAGUAUUUAAACCCUGUUAUUGUUUGAUAAAGUAUCUUUGGAAAAGAAAAUCAGUUUACCUAUUAACACUGCUCUGCUUCCUCCAGCUGUGUUCCCUCCCCCCUUCUACAAGAAAGUAUUGCUUAAAAUAUUACUUGACAACAGGAAGCUGAUCCUGCAGGAGGUUUAUGCAAGUGUUUUAAAUUCUCUUGCCGCCUCUUGUUUUCAAUGCACCACAUUCCUCAGCAUGUCUCCCACGCUUUCCUUCUAUGGAAUCUUCGAUCCUUCUUUCCUAGUUCUGCUGCUGCCAGAGGGAUGCUCCGGCUUCUCUUAUUUAUCUUUGAAAACAGGUUCUUCAUUUUUGUUUAUAAUCACAGAUAUGAAUGGGAAGGAAAUCGCAAAGAAUGCAAGCAGAGAAAAAAAAGAGGAGCCUUCUGAACUACGGGGAUGGAAUGGAGGCCCCACUAAGGCUGAAAAGGGCUGCUAUCUCUGUAAAUGAGGACCUGAGAUAGCUAUAUUUUAGUGUUUGGGUUAAGCAGAACUUUUCCACAUUGAGACUGUGUGUAUGUGUGCGUGCGCGCAUGUGUGUAUGUCUGUUGUCUGCACACGCGUGUGUAUGAGCAAUGGAAUUAGAACGUGGCUUUAGUUUUGCCUUACUGUGUCAGGACUCACUUACCUACAUUUGAGCUUUUAUCUAUAGUGAGCAUUAACUGAAGUGGUAGAAAAGACAGGUGAGAUCACAGGAGUCUACAUUUUUUCUAAUCUUUUCAUAAAACAUUGAGUACAGGUGGUAAUGGACGUGUGCACAAAUUGACAUGCUGGGCCUUUCUGGAGCUGUUCAUGUGAUUAUCACUGUCCCAGCGUAAAUAGGGACUGAUUUUAGCCAGUGAGGCCCAAAGAGUGCAAACAUGGCUGUAAAUGUCCAUCCUCUGUGCACCCUGAAUAUACAGACACUGGCUCUAUCUGUUGUAGACAUAGAGUUCAAGCCCACAGACAGCAUCUUGAUUAAGGUGGUUCAGCUAUAGUCUAAGGGUUUAAUAAAAACAUAAAUACAUAUAUAUAUAUAUAUAUGUGUACAUAUAUGUAUGUGUAUAUAUAUACAUAUACAUGAUCUGUCUACCUCAGAAUGUGUAAUGCAGAAACUUUUUCUAAGAUCACACAUAGAUGCAGUGCUGUUAAAGUACGUUGGGUUUUUAGUACUUUCCUGUGCAGUUGUACAACUGAGAAGUUAGUUAUGAACACGCAAAUUCAGAAGGCCCUCUGCCUUUCAAAACUUGGUCUUGCUGUAACGAUCUACAGUAUAGAAUAUAUAUUUGUAAGUUUGUAACCAUCUUUGAAAUCACUUGAAUUUGUUAUGGUGCUAUCAAUAUAUAUUGAAAACUGUUGAUAUCUAUAUGGGUACAUAAACUGAAGCCAGUAUUAAUACCUAUAACUGGUUUUUGCUCAUAAUUAUGUAUAACUCCGCUUUUGCAAUGUGUUUAAACUGAUAAAACCUCAGAGGUUUUUAAAAAAACAAACAAACAAAAAACAAAACAAAAAACCCCCAAACCAAAAAAACCACAGAGCAGUUAUUUUUUUUAAAACACAUGUUACAACAUCUUCACUACAGAAACUCUUUCCCUGGGGAGGAACGGGAUCAUGUCUGCACUGUAUGCUUGUUUACUCUUGCCUUAUAAAAAGACUACAAUAUAAUUGAGUUCAAGUCAGAGUGAGGGCUUUGGGUCAGAGUUCUGUUACACUUGAGUGAAGCUUAUAAGACUUUAUAUCAAGAUUAUAUUGCGUAAAAUAAUAUUGAUUGUGUUCAAAGUUGGAGAGAAAGUCGGAUUCAGCAUAGAUAUCUCUUGGUCCUAGUGAGGUCAUGUUCAAUUUAUUUUGGCUUUAGUGAAGAUGAUGUUACUGUGAAGUAGUUUUCACAAUAGCUUACGCUGGAAAAUAAUUGCAGUAAAAAAGUAUCUUGUUGCAUUAUCCUCAGCAGUAAUGAGACUGAUGAAUCACCCAGGCUUAGAGUCUCAUUAAAUAUAGUUUUCAUUAAAGAUAUAGAAUUCAGAUAGAAUAUAUAAUAUUGAAUUUAAAUAAGAUUUGGGGUUUUAAAAAUUAACUUUAUAAAAUUAUUUAUUCUAUUUUAAGCCUUCUGUCUUAUUUUACCAUCCAAGUAUUUUUGGUUUCAAUGGUCCAGCUUUAUUUACGGGCAUAUAAAAUGAAAUUGUAAGAUGUUUUUACAAGCUUCUUCCUUUUACAUUGAGUUAGAGUAGCUUUUAUUUGUGUGUUUUUGUUUUGUAUGGAUAAAGAGCAUUACUUAUGCUUUUGUGCAAUAGGUUUGAAACAUGCAUUUAUUAGGCAUAUGUUUAAAUUGUAAAUGUAGCAUCUACUUACUGAUAAAUUUAAAAGGAAUGUAGAUGGCAUUUUUUCACUUGUUCAAAUGGGUUUUAUUUGGAGCUAUUAUUUGGGGAGCUUUUAUUUUAUUUUUUAAGAGUGAAGUUUGGGAUUUUAAAUUUGUGUAAGUGCAAGAACUACCUGUCAGCAAUAUUUUAAAAUAAAUGAUCUGGCAAGAAACCUUAAUGUGAACUGUGGAAGCAAUCGGCAAGACUUGCAGCCUAUCUGAAAUUGUUUUGUGCCAUUGUUAUGUCUGGUAGCUGUGUGUACCAUCUGACCUGGGAAUAUUUAUUUUUUACUGGUUGUGCAAUAGCAUACACAACACUAUCACCUCUGGGGGCAUGGGACCAUUACAAAAUAUCAGACUACAGCUAUGAUGGUGCUAUUUUUUCAAUAGGCUAUGAGCCUUUGAAAGCUUAUCUGGCUCUGUUGUCUUUAUAACAACAUAAUUAGUCCUAGGAGAUUCAUUGAGGUUUUUUUCUACUGCAUGGUAAAUGUAACCAUACAACUAGCCUGCUUUACAACAUUUCGAAUCUUACUAUUGAACUAAAUAUAGUAGGAAAAAGCCAACCAGUUUGUACAUCAUCAGAUGUAUCUUAGUAAGCUUAUAUAGUACUUAAAUGCAUUUCAUACAGAAGGCUGGACUGUACAGAAAAAUCUAGUUUGUGUAUUUCCUCAGGUAACCACUUCAGUUUGAACGUUUCGCUGGAGAUGUUAAUGCAACCUGCACUUCAUUUCCUCCACCUAAAGCUGGUAACAAGAGAAAAAAAUGUCCUACGCACUAAAAUCUCUGCAUAACGUAUAAUUAACUGUAGCUGAGAUGUCUUAACUUUUGUCUCUUUUAGUAAAAAAUUGCAGAGGGAACUUAAGGAAUACAGACCAUUACUUCAAUCUUUGCUUUCGUCAAUUUACCUGAUUACAUGUUUUGAUAUUUGUGGCAAGCCAACAUUCAUGUUUUACCAUGGAGUUCUGAUACGUUUAUAUACCCAUUAAAGCUCCAGUCCUGCUGUUUGAUGCAUGUAAGUGGAUCCUUAGGGCUUCUUGGAAAUCUUUUGAAGCCAUAAUGACUUGCUUAGAUCAGAUUGCAGGGUAGGGACUAAAUAUCGAAGUCUGUGAACACUUACAUGGGUAACUUUGCUUAUAACGUGGAUGGUUCCACUGAAACUGGUGGGAUAGUUCAUGCCAAUGUGUUAGGAGUGUUUGCAGGAUGUAGUCCUGUUCUUUUAAAGACUGGGCUGAUGUUCAAGUAUCUUUUUUUUUUUUUCUUUGAAAUUCAAAAGUAUUGGUUUAAUAGGAUCUUUAAUUAAAGUGACUUAACUGGACAAAAGGAGAGUUCUUUCAUUCUUUCUGCAGCAAGAAUAAUUUAAGGUUAAGGGACAAUAAGCCAGUGCAACCACUAAGCCUUUAUCCUCAUAUGUGGCAUAAUAAAGAUACUGAAACUGUCACGGUGUAAAACCAUCUUUUUGGCUUAGCUUCAUUUGAAAGUUUACAUUUUUUAUGCUUUGUGUUGCUGUGUAAUUUUUGUACUAUUGGUGGCUAGUUUUUGUCUGAAUAAGCCUUUUGGGAUUAUUGCUUAAUGUUUUAAUUUUAUGAUAGUGAAGCUUGUAUCCAGUGUUUUGCCAAUUAAUAUUAUAUGCUUGUUAAUAAAAGCAGAGAAACUAACUGAAAUCCUUUCAGGCUGGAAGUUAUUGUCCUAUUUUUCCUGAGACCAUAAGGAACUAGCCAGUGUAAUACCAUAGGACUGAGCAAACACAGUAUGACUGAAACAGUGGUGGCAUGCAUAACCAUAAUGAAUCUUUAUGCCUAUUGCCCAUUUUACUCAAACUGGCUUACUCAAAGUGGCUUCAACUGCAAGGAGAAAACAGUUGCUCUGGCAAUUUAUGUAUUUGUGGAUAGAAGUGUACUUUACCCACCUGUAUAUGUUCCUUUCAGUCUCGCCCUUACCCCAUGAUGCUGAGGUACAGGGGCAGACUACAGCAUUCUGGAACGCUUGACAUUUGCUUGGAAACAUGUCAAAUUGAAAAGCAUACCACCACAAAUCCUGAUUUUGUAUUUCUUAAGGACUGAGAGAUAUUUGAUGUUCUUUUUUUAUUUUUUAAUCAGCUAGGAAAAAGGUCUCUUAGCUAUAGGAAGUUUAGAUUAAUUAACGUGUUUUGCCUUUGAAAAGAUUGGUCUAAUGUGCAGUUUGGAAGACAUUGCCAUUUGCCCUUUUGGUAACUUCAAAAGACUUUUUUCUUCAAAAUCCUUGAGAGCUAUUUUAAGUCCAGAACAGAUCAUGAGCUUUUGGUUUUGUUUUUCAGCUGACAUGAAUUUAAAUACUCUAAUCUGGAUACUACAGUAAAUUGCAAAGCAGGUACUACAGUAGGUGAAUUCCUUGCAGUGUCUGCAUGCAGUAAUGAAAAUAUACAGACUUGUGUACUCUUCAUACUGAGAGGUCUGGAAGGGCUGCUCUUCUGCUGUUGGCUUAUUAGGAAUUGCCAACAAUUGUGGACUGUCCUGAAGUUCAGUUUUUUUUCCUGCUUGCAUCAGUGGUAGCCACGUAUAAUUGUCCUAAGCAGAUUAGGUAUUUUGCCACUGAUUUACUUCAUUUAAAUACCAGCAUGAGAAACUUAUCUCAGGAGGGUCACUUUGUCUACAUAUAGUGAAUAAAUAAAAGUGAAUAAAUGUUACCACUAAUUCUGCCUGAGCAAGCAUGACAUCUUCUAAAUCUUUCAUACUCUCAUUAUUAGUGGCUCUGACACUUCCCUUGUACAUUGUAAUGUUGGUCACUUCCAUCUAUGAGUAAAUCAAUGACGGGCCUGAUUCAGCCUGCUUCCUCCCUUUUUGUAUUUUCAGCAACAAUUCCAGGAACAGUUCCACUUCUAGAGAAGAACAAGUGCUAGAAUGGAACUAUUCUGCUUUAUGGUAGUGUGAUUACAGAUUUCUCCAACCUCUAUAAAUGCUGGAAUAGUUAUGAGAAGAAUCUCUUAGGCAAGCAGAAGUAUGUAAGGACAUAGUACUGCACACAAGUUGUGGACUCUUUAAUUGGCAUAUAUGUCAUGAGGAAAUUGCUCAGGUUUUCAAGAGGAAUGACUUACAUGUAUACCUCACUUCAGGAAUUAUUAAAGGCACUGCCAUCAGCAUCUCUUGUGAAUGUGAAAACUUUUUGGAAAAAUUGUCAUAAGUCAUGUUUUGUAUUGUUCCAUGUAUAAUACGCUUGUAGUGAUUUGGACUGUCCUCUGGCUUUGAUUUAGACAGAAAAAAAUAAAUUCUUUAACAUUUUA